UCCCCCAGCCCACCCAACACAAGAAAUGAACCAGUUCCUCCCCUCCCAGCAAUCGGCGCUCACCAUGGACUCCGCGGGCAGCACGGCCGCCACCGCCGCGCCCGCGCCCAACGGCGCCGCAGACCGCGCCGCGGCCAUCGACGACGACGACGGCGUCCCCGAGGUAGCCGCCUGCAUUUCGUCGAUGAUCGACCGCGGGGGCAGCGUCGAGAGCCACCGCCUCUUCCUGGCGCGCCGCACCACGCUGGAGAUGCUCCGCGACCGCGGGUACAGCGUCCCGGAGGAGGAGCUCGCGCGCACCCUCCCGGAGUUCCGCGCCUGGUGGGCCGACAAGCCCGAGCUCGAACGCCUCGCCUUCUCCACUACUCUCGCCUCCGACCCGUCCAACAAGGUGAAAGUUGUGUUCUGUCGACCGGAACCUGUCAAAAUUGCAGUUAUCCGGGAGAUUUAUAGUGGAGUCAAAGAAGACAACUUGUCUAGACUGAUUCUGAUAUUGCAGAGCAAAAUAAUGUCUAGAGCCAAAGAAUCUAUUAAGGAGAUCUUCCCAUUUAAAGUCGAUACAUUCCAGAUCACGGAAUUACUGGUGAACAUUACUAAGCAUGUCCUGAAGCCCAAGCAUGAGGUGUUGACUGCAGAAGAGAAGGCCAAGCUCCUGAAGGAAUAUAAUGUGGUGGAUUCACAGUUGCCUCGCAUGCUGGAGACUGAUGCUGUUGCUCGCUACCACGGCCUUGGCAAGGGAGCUGUUGUUAAAGUUACAUAUGACAGCGAGCUUACUGGGAACCAUGUGACGUACAGGUGUAUUUUCUGAGGGGGCAUGGGUUUCCGCGGAUGAUGUUUCUCGUAAGCGGUUAGUAAAAUAACUUCGCGGCAGAUGAUACUGCCCUUCUGUAAAAAUAACUUCUCGGCAGAUGAUACUGCCCUUCUAGGCCAGUGUAAGCACUCUAUUAUGUAGGAUGAGGUUAUCUGUAACUGUAAGGUGUUGGUAAAAAUUGCCUCGCAGCAAAGUUACUACCCUACCAGGCGAUUAUAUUAUCCUAGUGAUACUUGUCUCCA